AUGGGUCCCAAGUCCAGAAUAAUACACGAACAACCAAACAUCGAAAACACCAUCCCGGCGUCGCUCUAUCAGGCUGUGUCUCCAGAGCGGUUCUCCCUAGAGGAUGAUGAUAAGUUUGUCAUCUACGGUGGAGGAAACUCGUAUGCUAUUCAGGUACUACAGAACGAUCCCUCUCAGGAACUUGUAGUGUGUCCUGAGUUGGAGCUGGUGGACUACUCCAACGUGUCGCUCUUUGUACUCAACACAUCGUUGAUAGUGUGGUUCAACUCAGCUGAUUUGGGUCUCGAAUUACCCUACCAGAGUAUUAUACUACAUGCCUUACAUACUCUCAGUGAUGAUACUUUCCUAUACUUACAAAUCUUGUCUAACGAAUGUAUCACUAGCAUACCGCUGGGAACAACGGAGUUCGUCCCCAGCAUCGAGAUCAGGAUCGUCAAGAAUGAUAAACCAGGUAAUCCACUAAACGACAAUCCUUUGUUAGUGCAUAACUCCAACUCCUCUAUUGAGACUGUUUAUGAGGCCAUGUCCAAAUGUUCAGCAUUUCAUUUUGACUCGGAUUCUGAAGACGAAAGUGGCACGUAUGCCUUUGACAGUGCUGAACAAACUCCGGCUCUUGAAAUACCCAGCCAUUGGUUAAACAACAAUGUAGACGAUGUGGACUCUGAUGAAGCAUUGCUUAGAAACACAGGCAUUGCAGACGACUUGGAGAUUGACGAUGUCGAUGAAACUGGCAAUGUCAACGAAGUCGCUGCCAUGCAUGUAGAUGUUGGGUAUGCCUCCAUAGCCGGUAGCAUACGGAAGAGAGACGAAGACGACGUUUCUAUUGCCAAAGCUAGAAGGGUGGAAUAG